AGAAGCAGUGAAACAAAAGAAGAAUGGCGAAGACAGUAAUUGCAUACAUAAUCUUGAUUCUGCCGGCGAUUGCACUUGCAUGCACCAUACCCGACCAAUGCAAAGAACCAAGCGGCAUAAAAUCCAAGGAUGUUAAUAACCAGAAAAUAUUACAGUAUUUCAAGAAUACCUGCAAAAAGAAUGUCCAGGUGUAUUGGGUGGACCAGAAUGGAAACACAGAUCGAUUGUCAUUUACCGUAAAACCGGGCCAGUCUUUAGGUAUAAACACGUAUCAAAGGCAUGUGUUUGUGGCUUCACAAGGAACUGGUGCAAGCAAAAAAUGGCUCCGAUUUGGAGGAGAAUGUGCCUACACCGUUGCUGGACCAGAAGGAAAAGGUUGUACAGUUCUUAUAACAUGCUACUAG